CGCGCGUCACGUGACCGGCAAUCGCCUCCACAUUCAUGCUGAAGCGCCGUUAACGUGUUCCUCUGCACAGCGCUAAAGAUAAACGUUACCGGAGGGCUUCGGGUGGAUAUUAGAUUAAAUACACACACACAAAAUGCGACGUCUGGGUUCAGUUCAGCAGAAGAUACCGUGUGUUUUUCGGACGGAGGUGAAGGAAGAACAGUCCAGAAAGCGAGACUGUCAGCAAUUUCAGGUUGUUGCCACGGAGAACGUGAACCCUGUUGCUCUGGAGGCGAACAUCGACUGUGCACUCGCCACAGAAAAACUGGAUGGCACUUGCUGUUAUGUUACAGUUUAUAAAGGGCAACCUUACCCCUGGGCUCGACUCGACAGGAAACCUAACAAACAGGCAGAGAAGAGGUUCAAAAAGUAUCAGCAUUCUCACAGGAGCUGUAAAGGAUUCACGUGGAACGUAGAGAAAGAUUUUAAGGCAGUGCCAGGGACGUGGAUCCCAGCCCACAGAGUCAAACACCACAAUGGCCAUCCAGUGCCUGAUGAGCAUGGACACAUACCAGGCUGGGUUCCUGUGGAGAAGGACAACAAACAGUACUGCUGGCACUCCUCUGUGGUGGAUUAUGAAGUCGGGGCGGCUCUUGUUCUGAGGCCCAGCGCUGACGAUGAAGACAUGCUAGAAAUUGCAGCAGUCCCAUUGGCCGACCUCCUGGAGCAAACACUGGAGCUCAUCGGAACCAACGUCAACGGAAACCCUUAUGGAUUGGGGAGUAAGAAGCAGCCUGUCCACUGCCUGGUGUCACACGGGAGUGUUCGAAUCAGAAACCCUCCACCAGUGGACUUCCAGCAGCUGUGCUCCUGGUUCCAGGAGAGUCCAGAGGGCCGAGUAGAGGGCAUCGUCUGGCACUGCAACGACGGCACACUCAUUAAGGUUCAUCGUCAUCACCUGGGACUGCGGUGGCCAGAUGGGGAAACCUGCCUCGGUGACAGGUCAGUGGUCAUUCGUGUUGACGGGACAGAUGAUGAAUACAUCCGCAAGGACUUGUUCACAUCCUUCUCCAGACUAAAUGGAUGCUGUUUUAGCCGACUGCAGGACAUCCAGUUUGAAUUGUAGACACAGUCGAAGAAGCUCGAGCUUUCCUUUUUCUGAAGCUUCUGCUGGGACUCUAAAAGGAUUUGUCAAUUUGGCGAUAGCUGGCAGAUAUUUUCACCAGUAAUUCCAGUUGAGUGUCUUAAAGCCUGAAGGCAGUUUGACAUUUGCUUUGCAGAAAUGUGUACAGCUUUAGUGUAAAAAUUACUGACCAACUGGACAUUUUUACCAACUUAUGUUGUUGAAAAUGUUCCAUUGAUAUACUGUAUGUUACAGCUAUUUCAUUGCUAAGUGAAGAAUAAAUGACAAGUAUGUAAACGAUUGUA